AUGCUUGAAGCAGUGGCAUCACAAGACUUAUGGAUUUGGCAUGCGUUUUUUGGUAUUGCAUGUUCAAACAAUGACAUUAAUGUGCUAAACCAAUUCAACGUGUUUAACGAUAUUUUGGAAGGACAUGCUCCCAAUGUGCAAUAUACAAUCAAUGGGACACCAUAUAAUAUGGGGUAUUAUUUAGCAGAUGGUAUAUAUCCCGAGUGGGCUACAUUUGUCAAGACCAUUUCAAUGCCACAGGGAGAAAAGAAAAAGUUAUUUGCUCAACAUCAAGAAUCAGCUAGAAAAGAUGUGGAGCGGACAUUUGGAGUGCUUCAAUCUCGAUUUGCAAUUAUACGUGGCCCAGCACGUGCCUGGCACAUGGACACCCUCAAGCAUACCAUAUAUGCAUGCAUCAUAUUACACAACAUGAUUGUUGAAAACGAACGACAUACAUAUGGAGGUAAUUUUGAUUACUAUUAUGAUAAUGUGGAUGACAACAACUCAACAACCGAAACAUUUAGCGGUCCUCAUCCGAAUCUUGUAACAAGACUACAAAGAAGAGCAAGUAUUCGAGAAAAACAAGUUCAUCGUCAACUUCAAGGAGAUUUAAUCGAGUAUAUUUGGGAAUGUUUUGGACAUAUAGAUGAUGAAAUUUAA